UUGAAAAUGUGUUCUGGCACAUUCUGGCAACACCGUCAACCAUCUUUCUUUUUUGGGCAGUCCCGCAAGUGACAAGAAUCUGGUUAACAUGCAGCUCUUUUUCCGUGGCUUAGAACAAAUUGAAGUUCUGGAGGUGUCUCAGGAUGCUACCAUUGCUGAUGUUAAGAAUCACUUGGCCCAAGUGCAUGGCUUCAAUACCGAGGAGAUCAUCCUGAACUGCGAGGGAAUGACUCUGGUCAACGAAUACCCCGUGACUGGACUUAACUCCUUCGAGUUGGACAUUACCAUUCCCAUGUUGGGUGGUAAGGUGCACGGUUCUCUGGCUCGUGCCGGUAAAGUUAAGGGCCAAACACCCAAGGUGGAGAAGCAGGAGAAGAAAAAGAAGAAGACCGGCCGCGCCAAGCGCAGGAUCCAAUACAACCGUCGCUUCGUCAACAUUGUCCAAGGCUUUGGUCGUCGUCGUGGCCCCAACGCCAACUCUACGUAGAGACCAUUACCACCACCAGCAACAACAACACAAAAUUUGUAUAUGUUGAGGAUGAGAAAUAGAUAAACAACAACAAACAAAAAUCAAUGCUUCACUUUUUUUUUUGUUUUUCUUUGUAAAAUUGGGAGAGUUAAGUGAAAAGUUAAGUUGUUGUAACCAAACACUACAACAAAAUGAUUAAAUAAACAUCUUAUGUAUUUUAUACAUUUCAAACUGUAA